AUAGUCAAAGCCAACAACCGUGAACUCACCUACGUCCUCCUGGUUUCUCUCCUGUUUUCUUUCUUGACUUCCCUUCUAUUCAUCAGUCGCCCCAUGAAAAUGACCUGUCUCCUUCGACAAACCAUUUUCAGUAUUGUUUUCUCUGUUGCCGUAUCUUCUUUCCUGGCCAAGACUGUAAUGGUGGUGGUGGCCUUCCUGGCUACAAAGCCAGGAAGCAGGAUGAGGAAAUGGCUGGGGAAGGGUCUGGCCCACUCGAUUGUUUUAUCCUGCUCUGGUAUUCAAGUAGGCAUCUGUAUGACAUGGCUGGGAAUCUUUCCCCCAUUCACAGAUUCUGACUUUCAUUCCCAGCCAGAAGACAUCCUGCUGCAGUGCAACGAAGGUUCGGUGGCCAUGUUCUACACUGCCCUUGGCUACAUGGGUUUUCUGGCUGCCAUCUGUUUCUUGGUGGCGUUUCUGGCUCGAAAUCUGCCAGGGACCUUCAAUGAAGCCAAACUGAUCACUUUCGGCAUGUUGGUUUUUUUUGAGGAUCCUGCAUCAACCAAUGCUGUGUUCCUAAUCAAUGACCUCAAGCUUCCUAUCACCACCUCAGAUAUUGCUGCCCACUCUGCCAAGGACAAG